ACGUAAGAGAUAAUUUGAGUAAUUUUUAAGAGAAACUAAAGAAAUAUGUCUUCGUCGAUAGUGCAAAACAAUAGUAAUAGUAAUCAUCAUGAAGAUGGAAAUGAACGGCUUGAUUCUGAUCACCAUAGCCAUGAUCCUACGGCUCAUAAUUAUAUCUCCCUCCCUUCUGAAACUUUUCUUCAAGCUGCCAUCUCUCUCAAAGAUCAGGUAGUAGAAAUGACGUGGAAAGGAAACGGAAGGAGUGCCAGCGCCGUUACAGAUCCAACGAUGUAUACUGGUCUGCUAGGAACGGCGUUUACGUGCUUGAGGUCGUACGAAGCCACUGGUGAUCGGAAAGACUUGGAAUUGUGCUCCGAUAUAGUUGACGCGUGUGCCGACCUUGCACGCACCCUCACCAGGCAUGUAACGUUUCUGUGUGGAAGAGGAGGGGUAUAUGCUCUUGGUGCUGUUGCUGCCAACUAUUGCGGGGACCAACCCAAACGUGACUUGUAUUUGAACCAUUUCCUUGAGGUAGCACAAGAGAGAGCCCUUCCAGUUGGACCUGAAGAUGGAGGUUUUGGAAUGUCAUAUGACCUCCUUUAUGGACGGGCUGGUUUCUUGUGGGCAGCAUUGUUUAUGAGGAAGUACUUGGGAGAGGAGGCAGUGCCAGACGAUUAUCUCAUGCCUGUAGUUGAAGCAAUAUUAGCAGGAGGGAGAGCAGGGGCAUCUGAUAACCCAGCCUGCCCGCUGAUGUAUAGAUGGCACGGGACAAGGUAUUGGGGCGCUGCUCACGGCCUUUCUGGUAUUCUGCACGUAUUACUUCAUUUUCCGCUCUCUCAAGAAGAUAUUGAAGAUGUUAAGGAAACCUUGAGGUACAUGAUGAGCAACAGGUUUCCCCACAGUGGUAAUUAUCCUGUCAGUGAAGGGAAUCCAAGAGACAAGCUGGUCCAAUGGUCCCAUGGUGCCACAGGUGUUACCAUUACUAUGUGCAAAGUAUCUGAGGUACUGUCAAAUGAUAGGGAGUUCCGUGAUGCGGCCAUAGAAGGCGGAGAGGUGGUGUGGAAAAGCGGGUUUGUCAAGAAAGUGGGACUUGCAGAUGGUGCCUCGGGAAAUGCUUAUGCCUUCCUCUCCCUGUAUCGGCUAACUGGGGAAAGCAUAUAUGAAGAAAGAGCAAGAGCUUUUGCAAGUUGCUUAUAUCACAAUGCAAGAACGAUCAUGAACGAAAGACAUCAUAAUGAAGCAGAUCAUACGUACUCCCUUUUCCAAGGAUUAGGUGGCGUUGCUUGCUUCCUGUUCGACUUGCUUGGGCCGAAUAAUUCCAGGUUCCCAGGAUACGAACUUUGAACUGAGCUUGUUUGAGUUUAAAGAGUAGUUUCAGUAGUGCAAGUUUAUAUAGGUCAAUCAGGAGGGUGGAAGGUGUACUCUCUUGCUUAACUGGUGUGACAAAAUACUAGUAAACUAUGCAACACGAAUCUUGUAUAUAUUUGAUGUUUAUGUACCACUUCUUUAAGAACUAGCGUUCCUUUUUUA